GGUCACUCAAUAAUCAGAUCGAAACCGUCUCCGCAUGACAUCAUCGGACCCGACCGCCGAAGUACUCCCCCAAAGAACCAUCCGUGCAGGACUGACAACCACUGGGGUGCAGCAGGGAAAAAAGUAAAACGCACAGAACCCAACCAGUAGCAUCACCUCAUUCUUUCUUAGCCUCGCUCCGAGCUCGCUGCAAGCAAACGAGAGUCGAUCUCGGCUGAGCUGAGCAACGCUGAGAUCAGGCUCCCCCGCAUUUCACAUUCCCGUACCUUCGGCCCCUGCGUUUCACCUUUUUCGUUACACACUCGUCCUACGUUCCUUGUGACGCUGGUCGGUCUCUCAACAUCGUCACUUGUCAUUCAUUUUGAAGUGGCCUAUCAUGCAACCGUCCGUCGCCGUAUUGGCUGCGGCUCUCAGCCAUGCCGUUGUCAGUACGGCUUCCACCCUGACGCCGCCGGUACUACCGUUAAUAGUGCGAAAUCCCUACCUGAGCACCUGGCAGGGGAAUGCUCGAGACGCACCUUGGGCCAAAUGGCCCAUGUUCUAUACCGGAGAGGAACUCGGCCUCGCCUUGAUGGCCCACGUGCCCAGCCAGGAAACGGUUUAUCCUUUGGUUGGUAGGCCGCAGGAUUCUUUGGCCUCGAAUGCUGGAUACCAAGUGAAAUAUCCUGAUUACCUGGGACUCAACUAUGACGCCUCCACAACCAACUUCACCUAUCGUGUUGAUGUGGAUGCCAACCCCCUUGACAUUACUGUCUCUUUCCUCUCGCCCAUCACGCCGACCUCGACUUUGCGACAGUCGAUUCCGGCCUCCUAUGUAACGAUCGACGUACAGGGCAACAUCGAUGUUGAUGUCUAUAUGGAUAUCGAUGGGCGAUGGGUAAGUGGAGACGGAGGCAGUCAACUCAACUGGCAGUGGGAUACGCUAGACGUCGAGGACGCGAAGAACGAACAGAGUAACAAGAAUAAAAAGUCUGGCUUGCAGAGAUGGCAAGUUCGCCGAGAUGCAGAACUUGAUUUGUCUGAAAUCCGCGAUCGUGCCGAAUGGGGUACUCUUCACUUCACUGGACCCGACGAUGCGCAAUACGAGUCCGGAGAAGCAUCACAGGUGCGACGGCACUUUGCCAAAAGCGGUGCCCUGCGCAACUCGAAUGAUGAUCAAUUCCGAGCCAUUCGUGACCGCUCUCCCGUAUUUGCAUUCUCCAAGUCGUUCAAGCUCGUUCAAUCCGAGCGGCACUCGCAAAGUGUCACAUUUACCGUGGCUCUUAUCCAAAUACCCGUCGUUCAGUAUGCCGCAGCUCGUGGACUCACCAUGAUGCGGCCUCUUUGGGAAUCCUGGUUUCCAUCUACCGAGCAGCUGCUUAUUUUCCACUACAAUGACCACGCCGCAGCGAGUGCCCUGGCAUCAAACUACUCUGCACAACUGGCCAAGGAUGCGUAUCUCUCGGGAGCGGAUGACUACGUCGACAUUGUUGCUCUGAGUGCCCGACAGGUAAUGGGCGCAACUCAAUUCUCGGGUACCCCGGACAAUCCUAUCCUGUUUUUGAAGGAGAUCUCUUCCAAUGGAAAUUUCCAGACCAUCGAUGUUAUCUUCCCGUCCUUCCCCUUCUUCCUGUACACGAACCCCCGCUGGUUGGCGUAUCUCCUGGAGCCACUGAUCGAGCACAUGCUCAGCGGACAAUACCCCAACACUUAUGCGAUGCACGAUCUGGGCACACACUUCCCCAAUGCCACCGGCCACCCGGAUGGUAAUGAUGAAUAUAUGCCCGUGGAGGAGUGUGGCAAUAUCCUGAUUAUGGGUCUCGCGAUUGCCAACUCACUCCAGUACGAGGAUAGCCGCGAGGCUGCUUCCAUUUGGUCUGCACAGGGCGAGCAGCGAUCAAAGUUCUCGAUGCUGAACUCGGGUCUUUUCCCACUAGAUGAUCUGCAAGUUAUGUCCGGUAUUGGCUACCAGGACAGCAAAUGGGGCGGAGGUAUAGAAGGCAAGAGUCUUGCAAAGAAAUGGGUGCAGCGAAGUUACCGUCUCUGGAAGCAAUGGACCGGCUACCUGGUCGAAUUUUCUCUGGAGCCCGCUAACCAGUUGUCCACUGAUGACUUUGCUGGUUGGCUGGCCCUUCAAACCAAUCUAGCUCUCAAGGGCAUUAUCGGGAUCAACGCCAUGAGCAAGCUCUCCGAACUGGUCGGCGAUGAGAAAGAUGCUUCCUACUUCAAGAAAACCGCCGACAAAUACAUCGCGAAAUGGGAAGAAUUCGGCAUGUCCCGCGAUGGCUCCCACGCCAAGCUCGCCUACGACUGGUACGGUUCCUGGACAACCAUCUACAACCUGUACGCCGACGCCCAACUAUGCUUCCACCUCGAGAAUACAAACACCUCCAGCAGCAGCAAACCCCCGGGCUUCGUACCCCGCCACAUCUACCAAAAACAAUCCGUAUGGUACCACUACGUGCGCCAAAAAUACGGCCUUCCCCUCGACAGCCGCCACCUCUACACAAAGACAGACUGGGAAUUCUUCUCUAUGGCCGUAGCAUCCAAGCCCGUGCGCACGGAGAUCCUCGAAUCCGUGGCGCGGUGGGUUAACGAAACCGUCACCGAUCGCCCAUUCACGGACUUGCACAACACGGAGGGUGAUGGGAACUUCCCUGGUCCGAACUUCUUUGCCCGGCCCGUUAUUGGUGGACAUUUUGCUUUUUUGGCGCUGGAGCGGGCGUGUGGGGGCAGGGCUAUGGCCGGUUUGAGCUUUUUGGAUGAGGUUGAUGAGAAGACUUUGCAUGAGUGGGCUAGGACUGCAGAGGUUGCGGCUAGUGAGUUUAAGAGGCCUUGGAAGUUGCAUCAUGGUGAUGAUGAACUGUGAGCUUCUGAAGUGUGAAGUGGAGAGCGAGAAAUCUCGGGCUUUUUCUUUGACUGGCUUGGGUCACCGGCUGGUAGUGGUAUUAGAAAUCUGUGGAUGAUUGAUAUCCUUAUCUGAUACAUACCUAAGUUCGAGCUGGUAUCCCCAAGAGAUGCUUGACCUGCUUACCAAAGGUCUACAUGCUCUUUAGUUGGUAUAGAACUCUGUAUAUAGCUAGGGCUAUAUGCACCAGUCCAGAUAGCUGGGAUGAGCAUGUAUGUAUAUGAGAAUCCAUCGGAACGUGAACUGGGAUAUGCAAUGGCUUGAGCAUCGAAAGUUGUAAGUAUCCUCCCUAUGGCGUCAUGAUUCCAAGCUACUCCUAC